GUCCCUUUGAGACACACGCUUUGCCAUGGUUGGGAAUGGAGCAGAAUCGAGAGGGUCUGAACCCAUCCCUUUGUACCCCGCACCUUCUCCAUUGGGCCCAUGAGGACGAGACUCUGAGAGAGAGCAUCAUGGCAGAACAGGUGGCACUGAGCCGGACCCAGGUGUGCGGGAUCCUGCGGGAAGAGCUGUACCAGGGCAAUGCAUUCCACCAGACUGAUACACACAUAUUUAUCAUCAUGGGUGCAUCGGGUGACCUGGCCAAAAAGAAGAUCUACCCCACCAUCUGGUGGCUGUUUCGGGAUGGACUUCUGCCUGAAGACACCUUCAUUGUGGGCUAUGCACGCUCCCAUCUCACAGUGGAUGACAUCCGCAAACAGAGUGAACCUUUCUUCAAAGCCACUCCAGAAGAGAGGCCCAAGCUGGAGGAGUUCUUUGCACGUAACUCCUAUGUGUCCGGCCAGUACAACGAUCCAGCCUCCUACCAGCACCUCAAUAGCCAUAUGAAUGCCCUCCACCAGGGGUCACAGGCAAACAGGCUCUUCUACCUGGCCUUGCCCCCCACUGUCUACGAGGCUGUCACCAAGAAUAUCCGUGAGACCUGCAUGAGCCAGAUAGGCUGGAACCGCAUCAUUGUGGAGAAGCCCUUCGGGAGAGACCUCCAAAGCUCUGAACAGCUGUCCAACCACAUCUCCUCCCUGUUCCGCGAAGACCAGAUCUACCGCAUUGACCACUACCUGGGCAAGGAGAUGGUGCAGAACCUCAUGGUGCUGAGAUUUGCCAACAGGAUCUUUGGCCCUAUCUGGAACCGGGACAACAUUGCCUGUGUGAUCCUCACCUUCAAAGAGCCCUUUGGCACUGAGGGUCGGGGAGGCUACUUUGACGAAUUUGGGAUAAUCAGGGACGUGAUGCAGAACCACCUCCUACAGAUGCUGUGUCUGGUAGCCAUGGAAAAGCCUGCCUCCACUGACUCAGAUGACGUCCGUGACGAGAAAGUCAAGGUGUUGAAAUGUAUCUCAGAGGUGAAGGCCAAUAAUGUGAUCUUGGGUCAGUAUGUGGGAAACCCCAAUGGAGAAGGUGAGGCCACCAAAGGGUACCUGGAUGACCCCACAGUGCCUCGUGGGUCCACCACUGCCACCUUUGCAGCUGUUGUCCUCUAUGUGGAGAAUGAGCGGUGGGAUGGGGUGCCUUUCAUCCUGCGCUGUGGCAAAGCACUGAAUGAGCGCAAGGCUGAGGUGAGACUACAGUUCCACGAUGUGGCUGGUGACAUCUUCCACCAGCAAUGCAAGCGUAAUGAGCUGGUGAUCCGUGUGCAGCCCAACGAGGCUGUGUACACCAAGAUGAUGACCAAGAAACCUGGCAUGUUCUUCAACCCUGAGGAGUCAGAGCUGGACCUGACCUAUGGCAACAGAUACAAGAAUGUGAAGCUCCCUGACGCCUAUGAGCGCCUCAUCCUGGAUGUCUUCUGUGGGAGCCAGAUGCACUUCGUGCGCAGUGAUGAGCUCCGGGAGGCCUGGAGGAUCUUCACACCACUGCUACACAAGAUUGAUCACGAGAAGCCCCAGCCCAUCCCCUAUGUUUAUGGCAGCCGCGGCCCCACGGAGGCAGAUGAGUUGAUGAAGAGAGUAGGCUUCCAGUACGAGGGCACCUACAAGUGGGUGAAUCCCCACAAGCUCUGAGCCCUGGGCACCCACUCCACCCACACUCCACCCCCCCUCCUCAGCCACCCUGUCUUUCCCACCUUCCCACCAUCCAACCUCACAUCAAGAGGACUGACCCCACAUUGGGAGGACUUCGGGACCAUAGGCCUCAGCUUCACAUUCCUGGCCCCAGGCUCAGGCCACUACUGUCUGCCCCUCGCUGUUGCCGCUGCUGCCACCAGAGCCCAGCUACAUUCCUCAACAACCAAGCACUUAAGACUUCUGCUGUGACUCGCAGGGCUACCACCAGCCCUAACUGAGCCACCCAUCUCUCCUCGGGACCUGAAACACCACCUCCCCUCAUUCCAGCCCCCACAGAAAGAAGGAGAAGAACAUCCUAUCAGUCUGUCCUAGGACUCCUCAGGACAGGAGUUAGGGACAGUGAGGGGCAGUUGCCAAACCCCACUCCCCAAUGGCUGUUGGCAAGCUCCUCAGAGCUUGGAGUGAAGUGGUCAAGUGUGUCUGUGUGAGAGGCCACCUAAGCCUCAGUGCCACUCAACAUUCCUGGUCACCAGCUGGAAGGAAAUCUUGUGCUGCACAGCAACAUCUUGGCCCCCCAGAGGUCCCUUCUCACCAGCUCUGCACUCCAUGGCCACCCUUACCCCACCCACAGGCAGUUUCCCUGCCCCAGGAAAGGUAGAAGCAACAACUGUGAUCCCCUACCUCAACCCCUGCCAUUAAAUCCUCAAACAGCCCCAUCUGUCCCCUUGUCAUUACCCCCUUUCCCCAAAACCAUGGAGAAGAAAUAUGUAACUUUCCCACUCCCCAUGUUGCAUGCUAAGUUCCACCCCAGCACCUGCGCCAGGCCUCUCCCUUAGCCUCCUUACCUCUGACAUCUCCCACCAUGCUGCAGCCGUGGACCUGACUGGGUGUGAAACACUUGUUCCCAUCAGUCUGUUCCACUCCACAGGUGUUUGUCAUCAAGACCAACUUGCAGGGCUGGUAGACUGGCUCAAGUGGUAGAGCACCUGCCUAGCAAGUGUGAGACCCUGAGUUUAAACCCCAGUACCACCAAGAAAAAAAAAAAAACGGCUUGUAGUACAAGGCCAGGUCACAAUUUUCUUUCACCUUCUACACGAAUAUUUCUACCACUUUUAUUGUAAAUGCAAGCGGGCCAGCUAGCCAGCCUCCAUCCCCAGCGUCCCUGUCUCACCCAAGGUCAUUUCAGGCAACACUGCCAGGAGAUUUGGUGGAUUUUGUGACUGACCUCAGUGGCCAAGGGGGAAGUACUAGACAAAAGCAAUGCCCAGCUUUCUGAACUGGGCAGCAGCUGAAGGGCGAGAGAUCUGAGGUUGCCCAGUCUGCCUGUGUUAUCUUCCAGAGGUGGCCAUUAACAAAGCA